UCAGGUCUGCUAUUCCUAAAUCCCUCGCGCGGCCAGUCGAUUCUGGAGAGCAGCUGAUCACCUGCAGCAAGAGGGCGGACGGCACAUUUUACGACUGCAACGAAAAGGAUUUCAAGGGAUGCAUGUUUGCUUUCUCUAAGUGAAGUCGGAUACAAAUUGUCUAAAGGAGCACAAUUAGUAAAUGAGAAAUUGCAAUCGAACAUCGGCAUCCUCACGCGGUUGAGGCCAAAUUGAUUAGGAAUUGAGGAUAGCACAAGCAGCAUUUUUUCUGCGUAAUUCGCAGCAAGAAUUCAGAUUUCACACGGACACCAUACGGUGUGACUACGCAUUAUGCGUAGGAAUCGAUCGCAAAACAUUCCCUGGAUCCUAUUUCGGCGUUGAGAAGGUAAAUACUGUCAGUGACUACAGAUGAUCACAGGUCCCCCCUCCCCAACAGUACAGAGGCUAUCAGGCUAAUGGUAGCCGCUAUGAGUCGGGCGAAGAGCGAGAGACCAAACCCGGAGGAUUUCGGACAGAUGGAAUAGAAAGAAUGCUGCUCUCUCAAAAUGCAUCACAGUAGACGGAUAACAAGCUGACUCCAAACAAAUAUACAGCAAACUUUCAGCGCAGACAUGACGCUGGGGUUUAAAUAAGAUGUUUUAAACUGUCCAAGAACUGACAAAAUGCAUGUGCAAACUGAUCAGCUGGAUUGUUGAAAUGACUUGGUCGGCGCUGACGCUGUCUGAUGGCUCAAACUGCACAAUAGCCAAAUGGCAUUUUAUUUUGCGCCGACUUGACGUUUGGACCUCCAAUAUUGGAUCAGUUGUCUAGCUAGAAGUUCGGAUGAAAGUAAACAACUGGUGCAAUGUCAAACUACAUGGUCCGGAGCGUAAUGUACUAUUCGUGCUGAAGCGUAUGGGUCCUGCGUACUCAAGCUCCCGACUCCCACACAAAAAGGAUUGUCUCUGUUGCGGGGGGUGCAGUGCAGUAGCUGUCACAGCUCCACAUCUGGCUACUGACUGGAUAGUUAACUAGCUAGCUAGCUAACUGUUUUUCCUCUUGGGAAGCUAGUGAGGUUGAAUGAGUUUCUGCAUCAUUCGAGAGAAAGAUUGCUUUGUGAAAUCACCUCGGUGGUUAUCGUGUUCCGAAGAAGGGACCUGUAUUUUGGACAAUAUCUGAGGUUCAUAGCUGUCUUCUUAGCGAAAACACAUAAGGACUUUGCGUAAAUCACGUUUUUUUAAAGGCAAAGAUAGGGUGACAUUGCAGUCUCAUCAUAUUGGAUUUAACGUCGCCCGACAAAAAAAGUGAAAGUGGGGCAUUGUCCGUCACACGUAUUAACGCAGUGGGAUUUGUACGUCUGGUCGGCGUUUCCCCCCACCCUUCCCUUGGUGACGGUGAUGGGUCGGAAGCGGUGUGUCGGUGCAGAUUGUUCCAAGAUGGCGGCCGGGUGCUGCGGGGUGAAGAAGCAGAAGCUGUCGGGAUCCCCCGGGUCGGGGGGUCCUGGCGGGGUGGGGGCGGGAAACGGAGUGGCAGGGACCGGACAUUGUGGAUCGGACUUGGGGAUUGGUUCCUCCUCGACUGUGGCGGCAGGGAACAUGAAUCGAGUGAACGGCCUGGGGUGUCCUGGGGGUAGUAGUAGUAGCACCAACGCAUUGUCCCCAACCCCGGGAGGCUACAACUCAACUGGCCUCUCCCCGAAUCUAAGCCCGGGAUCUGGUUCGGGAAGUGGAGGCAGGAAGAUGGUUGUUUCGGCGGAGAUGUGCUGCUUCUGUUUCGACGUGCUUUAUUGCCAUCUGUAUGGAUACCAACCUCCCCGAACACCUAGGUUUACAAACGAUUCCUACCCGCUGUUUGUCACAUGGAAAAUAGGCAGAGACAAGCGUUUGAGGGGAUGUAUAGGUACAUUUUCUGCCAUGAACCUCCACCCAGGACUCAGGGAGUACACCCUUACCAGUGCCCUUAAAGACAGCCGCUUUCCCCCCGUGACGAGGGACGAGCUGCCACGCCUCUUCUGCUCGGUGUCUCUGCUCACCAACUUCGAGGACGUCGGUGAUUACCUUGACUGGGAGGUGGGUGUUCAUGGCAUUAGGAUAGAGUUUUUCAAUGAAAAAGGAUCAAAGCGCACCGCCACCUACCUACCAGAGGUCGCAAAAGAGCAAGGAUGGGACCACAUUCAGACCAUAGAUUCCUUACUACGAAAGGGAGGCUACAAAGCUCCCAUCACAAAUGACUUCAGGAAGACCAUUAAGUUGACCAGGUACCGUAGCGAGAAGAUGACAAUGAGCUAUGCUGAGUACAUUGCCCACCGCCAGCACCAUCACUACCAGAACGGCACCGGGCACCCUCUACCCCCAUACAACCAUUAUUCCUGACAGCGAGCCGCAUGACCAAUCACUGGACCUCUCUGCCGACCUUUUCCCAGGAGAGCCCGCCCCCUCCUGGUCUAGCUAUCUCUACUACUGUACCAUUUUAUGAUGAUAGUUUCCGUUGCCAUGCUGACGCUCUCCCAGACGUUGACGUGGCAACGGGUGGCAAAAUGAGCAUCAAUUGAUGAUGACGAGAAAAAACUAAAAUCUUUUAUUUUUAUCCUCCUAUUGAUUUAGUUUUUGCAGCAUAUAUAUCAAUAUCUAUAACCCCUUUAGUUUUUAUUUUUGUUCACAAAUACUCGAUUUUCCUAAAUGUAUUAUUUUCAAACAAUCCUAAUCAGGCUUUUGAUUCUGUGGAUGGAAGCAAGUCAUAUAUAUGGUGAAUUCGUAAUGCAUAAAGGUAUAGGCUCAUAUUUUGUGUAGGCUUAGCUACAGUGUCCCAUCUAUUAGGGACAUGUUUAUCUGUUUCUGUUGAAUCCUUUCUUAGUAGCCAGCUUGGCAUUAUGUGUGUCAUGUGGCAAGCCAACAGCCGUUCUGGAAGACUCAAUCUUUUCCUCAAUUUUGCGAUUCUUCUCAAGAAAUGGACUAAUGUUGGUUUGGCCUUUGUAACCCGUUGUAGUGCUGUAGAUUGUAGGGUUGUGAUGCCACGCCACUAGUACUUGCUUGCUGGUCUUUUUUAUUACAUUACCCCACACGUGUUUGCUUUUCUGUGUGUGGUUAGAAGUUUGUUGUUAAGUUCACAUCCGACAGGAGAUUGAAACCGCUGUAUUAAAUUAGGAUCAUGGCAAAAUAUUUGACAGAGACGUUCAUUUCCACCCCUGAGUGUUUUGUAAUGAAACCUGCAAAACUUGAAUUGAAUUUGUUCGGCUCCAGCUCAGAUAUUUUCGCCCGCUCUUCUUUCCAACUUGAGAAAUGUAUGGAGGAAGCCAUUUUAGCAUGAUCAUGGCUGCGUCAAAGGAGGUAAUCUGUCCCUUGUCUCUGUGAAGCAGGCCGCUAGUGAAAGUGAUCCAUAGGGCUGGAGGGUGUGAUAGGGUUGGAGAGUUGACUGCAGGGCUGGAGGGUGUGAUAGGGUUGGAGAGUUGACUGCAGGGCUGGAGGGUGUGAUAGGGUUGGAGAGUUGACUGCAGGGCUGGAGGGUGUGAUAGGGUUGGAGAGUUGACUGCAGGGUGUGAUAGGGUUGGAGAGUUGACUGCAGGGUGUGAUAGGGUUGGAGAGUUGACUGCAGGGCUGGAGGUUGUGAUAGGGUUGGAGAGUUGACUGCAGGGCUGCAGGGUGUGAUAGGGUUGGAGAGUUGACUGCAGGGCUGGAGGGUGUGAUAGGGUUGGAGAGUUGAUUGCAGGGCUGGAGGGUGUGAUAGGGUUGGAGAGUUGACUGCAGGGCUGGAGGGUGUGAUAGGGUUGGAGAGUUGACUGCAGGGUGUGAUAGGGUUGGAGAGUUGACUGCAGGGUGUGAUAGGGUUGGAGAGUUGACUGCAGGGCUGGAGGUUGUGAUAGGGUUGGAGAGUUGACUGCAGGGCUGGAGGGUGUGAUAGGGUUGGAGAGUUGACUGCAGGGCUGGAGGGUGUGAUAGGGUUGGAGAGUUGACUGCAGGGCUGGAGGUUGUGAUAGGGUUGGAGAGUUGACUGCAGGGCUGGAGGUUGUGAUAGGGUUGGAGAGUUGACUGCAGGGCUGGAGGGUGUGAUAGGGUUGGAGAGUUGACUGCAGGGCUGGAGGUUGUGAUAGGGUUGGAGAGUUGACUGCAGGGCUGGAGGUUGUGAUAGGGUUGGAGAGUUGACUGCAGGGCUGGAGGUUGUGAUAGGGUUGGAGAGUUGACUGCAGGGCUGGAGGUUGUAAUAGGGUUGGAGAGUUGACUGCAGAGCACAUUGUCCUCUCAUUCAUUGUCCUCUGAGAAAAAUACCGUCAUCCUGUUAUUUCAUGCUAGUUGGUUUGAGAGGAAAAACCAAUGAAGGAGACUUGCGUCUAGUGACAGGUAUAUGCUAAAACUACUUAAAGCCAUAUUCUGUUUUUAAUGCAUGUGGUUGUUUUGUACGCUUGAGAUGUUUGCUCCCCCCCCACCCCUCUUAUCUGUAACCUCUGUGUUUACUUCCUCUACGAGUUUACUUUAUUCUGGUGGCUUUGGUCCCAAAAGUUGGGUUUCCUCUCAAAGUUUGUGUUUUGGUCCUGGUUAGGAAUCUGGGCCUGUAAGACAUUAUCUGGACUUACUCAGUUAGCAUGGGUUAGCAUCAGGGGUGUAUUUAUUAGUCGGAGUCUGUUGCAAAAUGUUUUGCAAUGAAACCUGUUUACUGUUUUGUUCCUAGAGUAAACAGGGAAAAUGGAACGAAACGGAGAGGACUACCUGAAUUUGUACAAUAGAAACUCAUUUUCAUUGAUAAACGUUUUACAUUUGCAACGGAAUCCGGCUGAUGAAUACACACCAGCGUUUGAACUCCUUUGUGCUGUUUGUUAGUCCUCAUCACCUCCUCUGCUUUUAUACCAUUUUAACUGAAGCUUGUGGCCACAAUGACAAAUAAUGAAACUUGAUGUAGGCCUAAUCAAUGUUUACAUCCACAUUUGACAUUACAUGCUUGAUGACUGACGGAUGCCAUAGUUGUACACUUUCACGUGCUCUCGUCAAAACGCUAUGAGAUCUUGUGGAGGCUUCUGGGGAUAGCAUCUAGCUAACCUUAAACCCUUGGAACUGGUCAUCGUCGGUUGAUUUGUUCAAAUCCGUUAUUUCCUCAUGACAUGCUGCUGUUUGUUGAGGUGCUUGCCGUUUUCAGGACCAGUUGCUCCCCAUCUCUGUGCCACUAGAAACCAUGCAUGGGUGUUGGUGUGUCUUGUCAGCUGUUUUGGCAGAUUGGUGAGCUGGUUGAAACGGAUGCAGAGGAAACUGACAAAGAGUGGUCAAGCUGCAUUCAAACCCUACAUAAAGAGCCAGGGAUUUCAAGUAACCAGUUAGUCAAUGUCCUCUUCAAGUGUUCCUUUUAGUCAGUCACAUCCAUGCCCAGUAGUUGGUAUGUUUUAUCAAGUGUAGUUAAUGGAUUAGCUAAUGAUCUCUGUGUCGUGUACAAAAGAACGAACAUAUUUUUUUAAACAUCUUUUACCAACUGACAGUAGGGUUAAUCCUUUUUAUUUUAUUUUUAUAUGCAAAAUGUUAAGGGCUUUUGGAAUUCCAUCCACAGUAACCCGAAAUGACCCAGAUUUCAGUUGUGUUGAUUUAAUAAAUGAUGGACCAGUAAAAUGGUGCCCUGAGUAUUCCUCUGUCCUGUACUGUCUAACACUGACCUCAACCUACAGAGCAGUGACAAGCCUUUAAAACCUGAUUCACCCAUUCACCUUCAGAUAGACACAUUGUAGCGGGAGGCAGAUGGGAACCUUUCUUAUAAUCAUACCAGGACAUUAGAAACCCCCAGCUUACUUCAUUAAUCUAGCCUAUUGUAGAAGGGGUUUGUCCACAGACAUGCUUGGUUUAGAUGUUAUUGUGGUAAUGGUCUAUCUAUCCUGUUCUCUGUGCUUCCCUGCUCAGAUAUUGGAUGGCAUUUCCUUCAUAUUAUCCUCUUGUGGUCAGGGAAAUGCUGCUCAACAACAUUGACAAGACAAAGGAGGCCUGGGUAAAGAGAUAUAUUGGCCUAGUAGUUUGUCAUAAAAACAGUUUUCAGAGAACUGCGGGACAAGCUAUCCCUGUUGAUGAACAAUCGGGUACCCAUUUUCUGGUCCAUUCAAUACAGCACAACCUGAAUACUUUUCUGCUGCAAAAUCAAGUCUACCAUUCUCUUUUACAUACUUGCCGAUAUAUGUAUACACAAAUGCAGUCCAUUCUGUUGCAUGUGUGUAUAAAACAUACAGUAUGGUUUAAUCCCUGACAUCGAAGGCUUAGAGACUUGUAUAAAUCAUCAAAAAUAAAUAAAAUGGUGCUAUUGGACCUCAUGUUGGGGCGGUCGCGAGUUUCGUGACUGGUCAUGCGGACUCAUCGAUCAUAUCCGACUUAUUAUCCUUGAUAUAUGCAGAUCUGUUCAACAGGUGUUUUUUCCUACCAGUGUAAGUCAACACCCUGCAGGUUUGAAAGGACAAGAAGUCACUACUAAUCCCCCUCCCCCCAACUCCCUGCCUCAUGGCCUGGGGGUUAAAGGUAUAGUCUGUCGUUCAGUAGAUCGUGGCAUCAGAAGGGGACAUUCUCUCCUGGACUGGGACAGUAAAGAGUUGGAGUAAAAGGGGUCUAUCGCCCCUCCUCUCCAGCCUCCCAUCGUAGGCCCCUUUCCCUGUCCAGCCCACGAUUGGAUGUUCCUCUUAGAAGCACACCCAUAACACUUCAUGUUUUACUCUGUUAAAUUGUGAGUUUUUAUAGCUGUCCUGUAUCAUUUACUCAUCCAUGGAGUUGAUUAUCAGCUUUAAGGUCAUCUGACAGAAGGCUCUCACUCAACUCUGGCUCUUACAAACUCCCUCAAAGGAAGUCGUGCUUCUCAUGUAAUAUUGUCAUUCAUGUAGCCCUCUAUAACAGUGGUUUCUUUAAGCUGGACAUGAGGGUGGGUUUAGUUGGCAGGUUUAGUGAGCCAGAUGAGUGAUUGCUGAUGUCAUCAGGAUGCUCACAUAAUUAUUGUAUGACAUUUGACUUGGACAAUUCGUUGCCAUUCAUGAAUCACUCUUCCGUAUGACCGUAAGUAUAUCAUGUUACGUAAUUUUAACAUGGAAAUGACUGAACGUAAAGGUUCAUGAAUAUCAAUAAAUCUCAGUCAAAUGUGAUGUGAUUUUCCUGGUGUCCUUCAAAAGAUUAUUCUGACUGCUAAUUAGCAGUUAGUUUAAACACACCUCUGCCCAUGGACGAGUGACCAUUGUUCAUACUAACACAACUGGGAUAAUGUGUAAAGACAAUGUCAUUUGGUUCCAUUGCCCGGUUUAGCCCCUGCAUCCCUUGUAUGUGUACCGGUAUGCAUAUAUUUUUGUGGAAUGCUUAAGCUCCUAUUACCUUUGUAUGUUCAACUGAACCAAAGAUGCCUCUGGCCCAUAGAGAUGUAUAGAGAUCAUAACAUGGAAGUAACCUGUUUUUGCAUGGAUGUUUAGGGCUUCCUCCUUUUUAAAAUGGUCAACUGGGUGGGGAUUCCUAUGGGUUGGGAGUGAUCGACCAAUGAGCAGAGCAUUGUUUUCUUCAAAUUAGUUUGUCUAGUUUGUAAUUGGCUUUAAGCUAUAUGGCUGCCAUCUAGCGGCCACAAUAAAUUGAACACAAUUUGGUUCAAGACUCCAUCACUGCAGGUGGUAGUAAGUCACCAAUGUUAGCUUUACACUUUUUUCAAACAUCAAAAGAAGAAGAAAAUGGACUACUUUAAAAUGGAGAAAGCCUCAAUGGCACUGCGCGUGCUGUCACAGACGCCAUAAUGGCACAGAUACAACGUAGCGAUCUCUAUACAUCUCUAUGUUUUGGCCAAGUCCAAAUGCUGCUCUUCAGGCCUGGCUUCCUGUCCUUCCAAAAAACACCCCUGCAAGAGACAAAAUGUUAUUUUUUCCCGUCUGUUUUUUUAAAUCUGUUUUUUUUGUACAAUUUCUAACUUGUCUUUUUGAUUUCUUUAGCAACCUCUUAUUCAAUGAAUUUCAUUGAUUAUGUCUGAAGCCUUACCCGGCAUCAAGGAUAGUGAAAUUACUUGGUUGCACACAAUUUUUUAUUUUGUUGUCGUCACUUGUAUUUUCAUUAUUUACAUUUUUUCAACAACAAAAAACCCCCCAUAGCGUGCCUCCUAGAUGUAUGGGUUUCUGUGUUUCUUUCCUAAAGACCAGCAGUUAUACUUUAUAUAAAAGAUGAGUUUGUCCUUGUUUUUUAUGCCGUUAAAGUUGAAAAAAGACCUCUUUUCUUUACUCUGGACCCAGUAGCUGCACUGGUAUACAAUCGCACUAAUAGAUAAACAAAAUAAAAUAAAUGAAUCAAUAAUAAAUGAAAUAAGAACUACAAUAAACUUGUGUUUGGAACUUUUAUAAGAUUUACUAAAAUAAAAGAAAUUACUGUUUUUGUACAUCAAAAUCUAUUAUUUUCCCCAAAACUAUUUUGGAUCUAGUUUAAAUUAUUUUAGUGGUUUUCUAUGUUCUGAAAAUGUGAGCCACAGAGUUGUGCGACGUGUCGCUGUGCAGAGUAACUGUCUCUGCUGUGGUGGCAUGACGGGCCACGGGGUUGCCUGGUGUAACCCCUCACACCCACCUUUUAUUUCUUCUACUUUUCAUUUUUGGUUCCGUCUCUUUCUCUGCUUUAGUAACUUAAAUGUUGAUGGAAUAAUAUGAACUGGGGGGACGGGGGGGGACGGGACUCCUUUAGAGCUAGAGUCUCCUUCCUCUCCCAUUGAAUUGCUGUUAGUGUGAUGAGACUUGAAAUGGGCAUUUAUGAUAGUAUGGCUCCAAAAAAAUACAGAAAAUGAAAAAUGUUUUUUAAAAAUGUGUGGGGAGGGAGAAAAUCUUAUAUAUAGAUGGGUUAUCAGUGGGUAUGUGAGCAAUGGCUGUGGAUAUGAUCAUGUAGUUUUAAACAUUGUUAUUACCUUUUAAAUUCAUUUAGCCAAUAAAAAUGAAUAAAACCAAGUGAAAAGAUAAA